AAUAAAGUAAUGAGAGCCUUCAAGAACAUCUUAGUCAUUCUGUUCAGCUUUUUAAGUACAACAUGUUUGGGACAACAAAAUGUCACACGAAAUAGACCUCCAGGUAUUUAUAUACAGCCAUACAUUGAUGUUUAUUAUAAGGAUUUUGAAUUUCUGCGACUGCCGUGCCAGGCAGAUGGAGCACCAAAACCAACAUACAGAUGGAAAAGGAAUGGCGUUGACUUGGAUGAUUACGAUAACCCGUACCUCGGGUUCACGAUAGACGACGGAAGCAUCUUUACAAAUGAGGCACGGUUUGAUGUAGAGGGCAUUUAUCAAUGUAUUGCUGAAAACGAUUUUGGGACGUCAGUGUCCAUAAAUGUUAACGUGAGGAAGGGGAGGUUUGGUGAAUUUGAAUUAACAAGCUCUGUUACACAUCGUCCACAACUAGGGGAGUCGGUAACUCUAAACUGCGUCCCUCCCACCAGCAUACCUCCAGCUGAUGUUGUAUGGGUGCUAAGAGCGGCUGACGGUCGUAUUGAACCUAUCAACUACGACAACCGAAUCUCAAUGGAUUUAGAAGGACGACUAUACAUUACCAACGUUCAAGAAGAGGACUAUAGAGAAGGAAAAGGCUAUAUCUGUAUGGCCAUUAAUUACGUCUUGAGGAAGAACACGUUUGAUAAGGCUCACUACAUCAUCCCUCGUGGAAUGUCACAAGUUAAAAGACCUGCUGAAUAUCUAUGGGCCUCACCCUCUGAGCAAAUUGGUCUAAAGGGCGAAACAUUUAAACUUAAAUGUAUAUUCAGUGGAAAUCCCACUCCAGAAGUAUUCUGGUUGAAAGAUCAGAAAACCCUCCCUAAUUAUUACGAAGUCUCAAUUGGGGGACAGGAACUGACGAUUCCUAACCUUAGGGAGGAAGAUGCCGGGUCCUACGGGUGUUAUGGCACGAACACCCAAGGACCACGAGCCUUCAGAAAUUUUGUCAUCAGAGUAGAAUCAAAGCCAUAUUGGGAAGUUGAACCAAAAGAUGUUGAGACUAGUCCUGGGACAUCUGUGACCUUCAUCUGCAAGCCCAAUGGUAGCCCUGAACCAAAAGUACUAUGGCUUAUUAAUGGAAUUAAGCUGGAAGAAUCUACAGUGCCAAUCUUUCAAAGUGACAGGUUCUUGAAACCUGAUGCCAACAACUUGACCUUUAUGAACCUGAACAAAAAUGAUCACAUGGUUAUACAAUGUAAUGCCUCCAACAUCCACGGUUAUGUGUUUUCUGAUGUCUAUUUAAAUGUUUCGGAAGAAGAACCUGCUAUCAUUGUCCCACCAGCUCGUGAGCUUAAGGUCGCAGAAGGUCAAAACAUUGAGCUGACCUGUAUAGCACGUGGACAACCAAAACCCAGAACCACCUGGAGAAAAGAGGGGGAGCAGAUAGCUGGGGGAAGACACCAAAUUCAACCGAACGGAAACCUUCACAUAGAGAGUGUGUUGUUUUCCGACGCUGGUAAUUAUACCUGCCAUACCUAUAAUAAAUUUAACUUUGAUGAAGCCUGGGGAGUUCUGAUCGUCCGAGCUAAAACCAGGAUUGUCAAGAGUCCUAAAGGGUUGGACGUGACUGCAGGAAGCGACGCUAAAUUUACCUGCUCGGGAACUACGGAUUUGGCUGAGAUUAAAAAUCUGAAAACUUCUUGGUUGAAGAAUAACAAUCCACUCAAAGCAAAUCACCCGCGAAUAAGGCAGAAUUUUCAGGAUGGCUCGCUGAUCAUAAAUGGCACCAUUGUCCAAGACUCUGGAACAUACACUUGCGUGAUCUCCAAUGGAUUAGAUAAUGCUACAGUGGGAGCCAAUUUGAUAGUAAAGGAUAAACCAGAGCCACCGAGAGAAGUGUUUAUAAAAGUGUGCAUGAAUACAUGGGCAGAAAUUGGUUGGACCAAAGGUGCAUCUAACAAUGAUCCGAUUAGGUAUUUUACAAUUCAGUUCAACACAUCCUUUAGUCCUGACGAAUGGUUCAUUGGAGCAAAUAAUAUCUCGGCAACUCAGAAUACCGCACGUGUCCUUCUUUCGCCUUGGGCUAAUUACACUUUCCGUGUUUUGGCUACAAAUGAGAUUGGUACCAGUAAACCUAGCCUUCACACAAUUUUUCCCUGUUCGACUAUGGAAGCCAGGCCAUCUAAAAAUCCAGAGAAUGUCCGCACCAUUGGAAACAAGAAAAACUAUCUGAUAAUUGAAUGGACGCCUAUGCCCCCCAUUGAGCACAAUGGUCGUCAGUUUAGAUACAUCUUGACCAUUCAAAGAGAAGGAUCUGGCUUUAAUGGCAUCUAUGUGUCCAGCAUCUUAGACUGGAAGACAUCUCACUGGGAGCAACGAACCAAUGACAUUUUCGUGCCGUACAUUAUCACAAUCAGAGCAAGCAAUGAACUUGGCGACUCAACAGCACCAGUACAAGAGGUCAAAGGUUAUUCAGCGGAGGGAACUCCCACUCUCACUGUGUCAGACCUAACCAUAGACUCAACUGUCACAGAAUCCUCUGUCAUCUUCUACUGGGACUGGGAUGAGAAUCUCAACACCCCACAGUCAGGCACCCCAGUGAACGGAAUCUUCAGGGGAUUUAAGAUUCAGUACUGGGUCAGAGGUCAGAAAGAACAAACAUUCCAAGAGGCAGAGAUCCCAGUCAGUGAACUUACUCUCCGAUACGAAAGAAGAAAGAAGCGAGCCAUCCAGUCGUAUAAAUUUAUCUUAGAGGGGCUCCUGGGAAACCAGGACUACGAGGCCCAGAUGAGGGUAAUGAACACGUAUUAUAAAGGACCCCCUAGUGAUGUUGUGUCAUUCAGGACAACUCUGUGAGUUCCUAGGCAGUGAGGAAUCUUCGUAUGGGACAGUGAGGAAGGUACCUUAGAAGUCGAUAAUAUUUUAUACCCUAUGUUACGAUGCAAUCUCUUCGACAAAAAUUUUUAAUGCGAAUUAUACUCAUUCAAUUUCGAUAAUCUUGUUCAGAAUAAACUAAUUAUUAGUACAUUGAAA